GGGAUUAAGAUGGUAGCGAAUAUUUAAGGGUGUGGAAAAUCAUUGAGAAUGGAAAGAAUCAGAAUGAAGUUGUUUUCUUUUGUGCUCAAUUGCUUCGCUUCUGCACAUCGAUAUGAAGAAUUUAAUCGCAUUGAAGAAGAAGAUUUUGAGCAAGGUGUGGGCAUUGAAGGAGGAGGAGGAGAAGAAGAAAGUACAGAAGAUUUUGAGCAAGGCGUGCACAUAACUGUGCAAGAAGAAGAAGAAGAAAAUAUAGAAGAUUUUGAGCAAGGUGUACGCAUUGAAGAAGGAGGAGGAGGAGAAGAAAGUACAGAAGAUUUUGAGCAAGGUGUGCACAUAACUGUGCAACGUUUGGCUGGUGGAUCUCGCCAAGUUAAGCGCAUUAAAUUCAGUCGCGAAUUUUUUAGCGAAAUGCAGGCGAGGUUGUGGUGGAAGGAAAAUUGGGUGAGGGUGCGUGAUCAUUAUGCCUCCAUUGGGAAAUGAAGUGAACUUUCCUAUUUGAUACUUCUCUUCUAGUUAAUGGUUGAAUAUUUGUUAGAAAAAAAUUCGUGGCCUUCUUUGUUGUGAAAUAGUUAUGACGUUAAUGGUUGAAUAUGUAAUCUCUGGAUCAUCUUUGUUAUGAAAUAACGAUGGGAUUUUGAAAUGCAAGGGUAUAUAUAAGUUAAACCAUUUAUUGUUUU